AUGGACGUGGAAAACCCCUCGGCUAUCCGUGAGAAGGGAAGUCGAACGAGGACUCGCAAGGUGCGAACAGGGUGCAUCACAUGCAAGAAGCGUCAUGUUAAAUGCGACGAAGCGAAACCGUCAUGUUCCAACUGCCUCAAGAGUCGAGGCCAGUGUGAAGGAUACGCGAUUGAGCCACGGAAACAUCCAAGCAUACACCGAGCCAUCCAUGCACGCCCUGACCAGAAUUCUCAACCUGAUACCGAUUGGCCAUUGACCUCGAUGAUACUGGAUCCUGUGCAUCAUGACUUCCCCGACCCUCUGAGCCUAUUCUAUUUUCGAGAAUUUAUCUCUUUGUUGCAGGAUCCCUGGAUGACCGGGCUAUCAAACAGCCAAGGCUGCUUGUGGCGAGAGACUCUGCCCCAAGUCUGCCGCACCAACCACACUCUGAGAAACGCUGCCAUGGCCGUGGGUGCGAUGGGCAUAUUUCGAAAAGAAACGAACCUUCGUGAAAUAGAUAUAUCAACACAGUCUCCUAUAGCAGACCCCCGCUACCUACAGGCCCUGGCAUAUUAUGGCAAGGCCCUGCAACUUCAAAACCAACGUGCAUCAUUUCAGUCUUCUGCUUUCUUGUCACUUAUUCUGCUCAUCUUUGAAUCCCUGCGCCUCAGGAAAACCGCCGCUUUAGACCACACCAAUCAUGGCAUGGCAUUACUGCUCUCCUUUCUUGGCGAUCGCACUACAUCGAGUGAUGAGAUUGCCAAUUUCUCUCCGAACCCUCGACCUAUCUUGGGCCAGUUGGCCGACAUCUUUAUGCAAUUGGCAACACAGACUCGAAUUGUCUUGAAAGGCAGAAUCGGGCAGCAUUGCCCGCUUCCAGACCUUGCGAAAGGCUUGCGGGAGCGAGGGAUCUCGAUGGAAGACUUCAUCGUACUACUCAGCGAGGUUUCCACGAGCAGCCACUGCAUCAUUCCUCAAAGAUUCGGUUCCUUAGAUGAAUUUGAGGAGCAUUGGAUCUCAAUGACCCGAAGACAAGCUGAGAUGGGCCCCAUCAUGUUGCAAGCAAUGACGAGGUCGACAAUUCUGGAAUGUGAACACCAGCAGCAAAUCAGUGACCUUUUUGCAUCGACACUAAAGGAUCCAGAGGUUCAGAAAUUUUGCGACGAUGCCCGACGGGACAUGGACUUAAUGGAACAGGCGUUUCUCCCUCUGUUUUCAGACAUCAUGAUGUCGACGACAAUGGACUCGCCAACGUACCUAAGAGCUCUCUAUCUCCGCCUACGCUUUCUUUCCGUCCAAGUCUUCAGCAACCCGCCACAAUAUGCUUGCAUUCAGUCAAUGGUGGCAUUAACGCCCCGACUCCGCGAGUUCCUCUCUUUAGCUGAACUUGCAAUCCGGAUCACACGGAAGACUACAGUCUGUCGGGUAUAUUCCCUCUGCAUAGACGGCGGACUUGCGUGGUACUUGCUCCAGAUCGCCCUUCACUGCCGCGAUCCAUUGUUACGUGACGAGGCUAUAUUGGCUCUGGAUGGCUACGCUGGCCAGGAUGGGCUAUGGACUACGCGGUCGCUGCAUGCCCUGGCGCUCAGAAACCGCAUCGUCGAGCAGCAAAAUGCGAAUGGGGACACGGCACAAGUACAGUGGCAGAGGCUCUGGCGGCGCGAGUACUACCUAGAAGAUGGAGGCGAACGUGUGGUUUUCCGCUUUCUCGAGAAGGAACCGGAAUUGGAUCAGUGGAUUCUUGUAGAAGAGGUGGGCGAGUUUCAAGACAAGGGAGACUGUGCGAAGUGGACGCGGCAGCCGAACCCCCAGUCGGGCAGAUUACUUGUUCAGGAAGGGUUUCCUGCAGCACAAAAGGACCAAACCGGACGGACUCCCCAGUCAGAAUGUGUGAGAUUUAUGAGCUAA